CAAAUUCUUGAUGCUCCUCGAUCCUUUGUCUUGGUCGUGUAAGAAUGAGCAAUUUAAUAGCAACCUUCAGUAUUGGCUGUGAUUGCGACAAGUACCGAACCAAAUUACUGAUCUCUGAUCCAUACCUAAACAAGUGGAAGGACAAAAUCAAGUUUUUUACGCGAAAUAUUGUCGCAAUCACAUCAACCGUAUAAAAAAUGCGUCAUCGGCGCGGCACCAGCAUCACAAAUAGCAUAAAUGUAGUGAACAAAACAGCUUCUUCUCUUGAAGUUCCAAGCUUCCUAUCUCUCGAAGAACUGCAUUUUCUCACGGAGCAGCCGUUUGUCUGGAUUGAUGAGAUUAAUUCCAAUUGGACAAAUUUUUCAUGAGAGCUCCAGUGUAGAGGAACCGGAUAUAUCAAGCAUCUGGGCCAAGUGGCAGUCUUGCGAGCUUUAAUGUAUACAAGUAGUAAACUAGCAAUCGUGAGGUAUUCCAUAAACAACUGUUAACCUUGCGGUAUCGAGGAAAUGUUGAAGUGUACUAGAUCUCGUACGAACGCUGCACUAUCCACCUCGUAUCAUUAAGUUCUUGAACUUUACGUACAAAUAGCAACUACUCCACUCUUCGCUAAGGCUGACGCCUUUAGGUCUGGAGUAUAUUGUACAGGCUAGAGAAGAUAAAUUGUAAAAGCUUCCGUGAUAUGAUCGCCAAGUCAUAAACUGAGAACGCAAAGAUGCUCUUUGUGCGAAUGAAGCUCUUGGGCAAGAUUAUAUGAAGCCACCCCUUUUGCAAAUUUUGAGUAGCCAAGUCAGUGACUGAAUAGGCUUUGUGCUUGUCAGUGGAAUCAACUCUUCAACUUUUUCAAGUCCUGCGAAGAACUUCAACGAGAUCAUGAGGAAUAGUUUCCCUCAGCAGCCGGACGCACUGGCAAUUAAGAAACUGAGUGCUUCAAAUGUAAAUAUUCUUGAAGUCAAGCUUCGACCUGCGUUAUAUUCACAAACAGCCUUUGUCCCGGUUAUCUCCUUCAUGUGGCAUGUGCUUUCCAAGAAAGCACCUUCCACAACCACUCGCUGAACACAAAAGUGUAGCUAGCUUUCACUGCUGAUGGUGGCCUCAGCAUUUGUACUGGUUUCGAGCCUGACAAGAAUUGCAGUCAACUCAUACUUCUCCUUGAUUUAUACUGUGAGUAAGGAAAUUCGGCAUAAAAGGAUGUUUUGGAACAAAACUUAGAUCACGCGUUUGAGUGGCCUGUUUUAUGACAUUACGAGCUCGGCUGGUUACACUUAGUCUGCUACAAUCAAAUGCUGGCAGCUAGGAAAAACGCUUCCUUGCCGAGAUGAUUCUUAAUUUGGAAUAAAAGUAUCAGAGAUUCUGCGAAAAAAAAGGGUGAUGUUGAUCAGUGCGUAAAUCGUGCGAGCUGGACCAUCGGCAAUUCAUCGAUUUAUAAUUGUGGUAUGUACACGCAGAAGCUGCGCAUCGUGUUGAUCACAUGGUUCGGUGUACAGUAGAAAUGAGUACGGGAAGAACAUGUACGAUUUAAAAACUUUUUAUAUCAUGUCUACAGACGUAACGAAGAUGCAUCAUCUUUCGUUC